AUGAAAAAUCAAGACCAAGUUCAAGAUUUUAGCUGUUUUUACCAGUACCCAUUUGGGGUUUUCAUGUUUUUAAUCCAAGAAAGAGAUGUGGGGUGUGUUAAAAUGAAGGAAAAAUGGAUACCAUUUAUCCAAAUUUUGUUGUUUUUGCAGCUGAUGAUUUGUGGAGCUCAGUUAGCUUUAGGUCAAGUUUGGGAUGGUGUAAUUAUCACUGAGGCAAAUUAUCAAGCACUUGAAGCGCUCAAACAUGAGUUAGUUGAUCCUAGAGGGUAUUUAAGUAGCUGGAAUGAUAGUGGUUAUGGAGCUUGUUCUGGUACUUGGGUUGGCAUAAAAUGUGCUCAAGGACAAGUUAUUGUUAUUCAGCUUCCGUUAAAAGGAUUUGGGGGAAGAAUCACUGAAAGUAUUGGUCAAUUUCAAGCACUCAGAAAACUUAGUUUUCAUGAUAAUGAAAUUGGUGGUUCAGUACCUUCAUCUUUGGGUUUUUUACCCAAUCUAAGAGGUGUUCAAUUGUACAAUAACAGGUUUUCUGGUUCUAUUCCUGGUUCACUUGGUUUAUGUCCAGUUCUACAAACACUUGAACUUAGUAACAAUUCUUUAUCUGGUGCAAUCCCUGAUAGUCUUGUGAAUUCAUCUAAGCUUUAUAGACUUAAUCUUAGUUACAAUUUAUUGUCUGGUUCCAUUCCUGUUAGUAUAACUCAAUCGCGCUCUCUAGUCUUUAUUGACUUGAAAUAUAAUAACUUGACAGGGUCUAUUCCGGAUUCUUGGGGUGGAAAUGGAGAUAGACAGUUUAAAUUAGAGUCGUUGACGCUUGAUCAUAACUCUUUGUCUGGUGGAAUUCCUGUUUCUUUUGGGAAGUUGAGUGAGCUUCUUGAGAUUUCGUUGAGUCAUAAUCGUAUCGUUGGUGUCAUCCCAAAUGAUAUUGGAAGGCUUAGUAUGGUUAGGAAUCUUGAUUUUUCUUAUAAUGAGAUUAAUGGUAGUUUGCCAGAGAGUAUAACCAAUCUGUCCUCCCUCAUGGUUCUCAACUUGGAAAGUAACAAUCUUGAUGGUGAAAUCCCGUUGGAUGUAAAGAAGUUGCAAAAGUUGUUGUUUCUUAACCUGAGGAAUAACCGGUUUAGAGGUGAUAUUCCAGCUGCUAUCGGGGACAUUUCUGGUCUAGUCGAGAUAGAUUUGUCUCGUAACAAUCUAACCGGAGAAAUCCCAGAGUCUGUUAGUGAGUUACCUAAUCUUAGUUCCUUUAAUGUUUCAUAUAACUCUCUGUCUGGUCCUGUUCCUACUUAUCUUGCUAAGAAAUUCAAUUCAAGUGUAUUUGUGGGUAAUGUUCAGCUAUGUGGCUAUAAUACUUUGAAUCCAUGUCCUGUUACGCCUUCUCCAGUUACACGAGGUAGAAAACGAAGUAUUAAAGACAUUAUUCUCAUAGUAGUAGGGUGUCUUAUAAUAGUCUUGUUUCUACUCUGUUGCAUUCUCCUCUGCUGUUUGAUCAAGAAAAGAGGUGAAGCCAAAAAAGCAAAAGAUGUAAAGGAUGUUCCUCCAACUGCCGGAGAAGUUGAGGCGGCUGGGGAUAACGGAGGAAAACUUGUCCAUUUUGGUGGAGGUAUGAUGUUCAGUGCAGAUGAUCUUCUUUGUGCUACUGCAGAUAUAUUGGGAAAGAGUACUUUCGGUACGGUGUAUAGGGCUACAUUAGAAGAUGGAAGUCAAGUUGCAGUGAAAAGAAUGAGAGAAAAGAUCACGAAAGUUCAGAGAGAAUUCGAAAAAGAAGUCAAUGUUCUUGGAAAGAUAAGGCAUCCUAAUCUUCUGGCUAUUAGGGCUUAUUACUUAGGGACAAAAGGCGAGAAGCUUCUUAUUUUCGACUACAUGCCUAAAGGAAGUCUCUCAAAUUUUCUUCAUGCUCGUGGACCGGAUACACCAAUUGAUUGGCCAACAAGGAUGAGAAUAGCAAAAGGGACGACGAGGGGAUUGCUGUACCUUCACACUAAUGCCAACAUCAUUCAUGGGAAUCUUACAUCAAGCAAUGUUCUACUUGAUGACAACACAGAUGCAAUAAUUGCAGAUUAUGGCCUUUCACGCCUUGUAACUGCUGCUGCAAAUUCAAAUGUUAUAGCCACAGCAGGGGCUCUUGGUUAUCGCGCACCUGAGCUUAAUAAGCUCAAGAAAGCCAAUGUGAAGACGGAUGUCUACAGCCUCGGAGUCAUUAUACUUGAACUCCUAACUGGCAAGUCUCCAGGUGAGGCAGUGAAUGGUGUAGAUUUGCCUAGAAAGGUGGCGUCAAUUGUGAAAGAGGAGGGAACAAAAGAGGUAUUCGAUUUGGAACUAAUGAGGGAUGCAUCCAUAAUUGGUGAUGAAUUGUUAGUUACACUAAAAUUGGCUUUGCACUGUGUUGAUCCCUCGCCAUCAGCUCGACCAGAACUUCAGCAAGUUCUCCGGCAACUGGAAGACAUUAGGCGUGAAACGCCAACUGCAGGUCCCUCGACAAGUUACUAGAUACUCAGUUUUUGAUUUUAUUAACAUGAUUCUUUCAUUCUUGAAUUUCAUUGCUAGAGUACUAGAUCUGUUUCAAGUGUCUUUAAAUAAAAGUGUGCAACAUUGUUAAAAGUGUUUGAGCUUAAUGGAGUCCU